AUGAGUUCUGCAUCUUUGAUCAGCAAAUACAUUGGUCAAGAUAAACAAUUGGAAAUUAUCGACAAUCUUUCUACGAACUUAACUAACAAUGACGACGAUGUGGAUAUUUUGGUGGAACUCUUGCACGAAGUGGAGAUUAACGACAAGAGUCUUGCAGUUCUAUCAGAGUACUGUCACCAACAUUUACUUGAUAGAGAAUACAUUGACUCCAUGUCCAAGUUAAUCAAUGCAUUGCCCAAAUUGGAGGAUCAAAUACUUGAUCAAGCUACGCAUUUUACUCAACUAUACAUCCACAAACACAAAUCUGAUUUUGGAUUGACUUAUUAUCAGUCUUUCAACUUAAAGGGUGAUAUAAAAGAGGACCGUGAUAUUUCCGAAGUGGACUUAAAUGUUUUAUUUGCUUUAUUGAGCAAGAUAUUUCAAAAACAAACUCAUGAAUCAAUUCUCCUCAUAGAUCAUUUACUUUUGUUAUUGUUGGGAAUUGAUGAGAAACCGGUAUCAAAUGAGGCACUGAAUUUGUUGAGAUGGCGAAUCAAGUUGUUGCUGAAUGAUCCAAAUCAGUUUGACUUGAUUUGGAAAGUCAUACUCACAUUAGAGUCGUCAGAGUCAUCAUACCAGCAAUCAUCAGCACUCACGCUUUGGUUGAGGUAUCUCAAUAGUAGCAAUGACUUACAGAACAAUACCGAUUACCAAAGUUUCUUGCAAACAAACAAGUACUGGGCUGUUCUUCAAUCGGGCUUAACAAGUACUAUUCAUGAACAUAGGAAAUUUUCUGCAUCCAUUCUACAGUUGUCAAUCAAAUCCAUCAAUAGUGAUUUCAACAAUGAUUUUAUCAAAUGGGAAAAGAGUCAAACUGGGGCUUAUUUGAAUGAAUGGGCAAGAUACGUCACUCUUUAUGAAAUUUUGGCGAUUGACACAUCACUCCAUCAAGCUGAAGCAGGAUUCAUCGACAUUACCGGAUUGAUAUCCCCCAAUUCGUUGAUCAAACCAUCAUGGGGCUGGUGUUUAUUAUCAACUGGGUUUACUGCAACCAUUGACUCAGUUAGAAAGCUCAUCAUUAGAUUGUUAUUGUCGAUACCUUUGCAAAAUUUGUACCUCAUCAAAGACGCAUUACCUAUCUUGGAGAAAUCUUUUUUGACUAACUUGAUGGUUGCCGCUAAUAUGAAUGUGAAGGUAAUUAACGGGAAAGUCCAGUGCCCUUUUGCUUACCAAUUGAAAGAUUUGAUCACCAACAUGGUGAAAAACUUGAAGGACGAAAGAGAUAUGCAAGCUGUUGCUGCAUCUAUCUUACGUGUUUGUGCCGAUUUCAAACACAACUUUUCUCCUACAAGAAUUUUGAUAAUGAAUGGAUUGGUCGAAGGGUUGCGAGAGAAGAAAGUCUUGCAAUACGGGGUUCAUGAUUUGCCAUUAUUGGAACUCUUUGAAAUAAAAUCAGAGGGUGCAUUACUCGAAACAUAUAGUCAAACAUUAAAUUUGCGUUUGUUGCUUAAUUUCAAGCCAGACUUGCACAAAUUUCUACAAUUAUUGAACAAGUUCAUUAAAUUCAAUGGAUUUACAUUGUUGCGUGAAAACUUGAGUCUUUUUGAGAAUUACAUUGCGGAUGAUGAGGGAUUGGAGGAGUUUCUUGAACGUAGUGACACUGUUGAUUUGAAAGUGUCAUUACUCAAUAUCUCAAGUCAGACAUUUUAUUUGUCAAAAACAGAACCGUUGUUAUUGGCCAAGUUGUUAGAAUCCGGCUUUAGAAAAGCUACACUAAAGUCGAUUGCUGAGGAGCUACAGGAAUUGGUAAAUCUGGACGAUAUUGCUGUUGUGGAGUGCCUCUCUAAUGCCGACUAUACAGAGUUUGAUUUUGCAAUACCACCACACGACAAGAUCCUUCAAUUGUGGUCUCAAAUUGAGAAAGACUUGCAAUCAAAAGAUUUAACAACCCUAAGCAAUGUUUACUUCAAGAUGAAACUUUUUAAUAACGUCUUUUUAAAUUCCAAUUUUCAAUUUGAAGAUCCAAAGGUUCUAGUUAAUCUCAAGAAUAACUUGCUAACAAAUACCGAUGAAAUGACUAAAAUGGAUAAAUUUUUUUACAAGAUCAAGGACAGGAUUGAUGGAGAAUACUACACUACAUUACAAACCAGCUUUCAAAAAAAUUCCACAUUUUUCCCAGCUGCUUUCAACACGUUUGAUUCUAGCUCUUCCAGUUAUAGCGGAAACUAUGCCAUGGUAAAGUUGAUUCAACACCAUCUUGAAACAUCAUCAGAGGUGCACCAAGAUAUUGAAAUUGUUGGUUUCCUUUCUCAAUUAUGGUUCGGAGUAGUUGAAUCGGGUAGAUUGCAUCUAAGCCAAAGGGAUUUGCAGCUUUCCAUAAUAAAAACAUUAUUGCAUCCACAAAUCAUUUACCAUCACGAAUCUGCAUCACAGUUGAGGUUAUUGUGCUUAUCAGUAUUGGAACAUUCGAGGACAAGACGUAGUUUAUUACCAGCACUCACUCAAGCUUUAGUAAAUGCUCAGCUAUCCAACCAAGAGCAAUUUGAAAAACUAGAAUGGUUGCCCGAAGUUUUGGUCAGUGGGUUCUUGGUUUAUCAAGCAAAGACGUCGUAUUUCAAGGUGGUUGAGGUUUUGGCGGAUAUAUACGACAAGCAGGUGUCAUUAAAUACGCCAUCCAACAUCUACCAAGACGCAUAUGGACCGGAAGAAGUGAGUUCAAGGGUUAACCUCAUGGCCAUAUUCAAUUCGAUUCAAUCCACUGAUUUUGCGCAAAGUAUCUACAAUUACAUUGUUAAAAAUGAAGAUAAGUAUUCCCUUUUCAAUCCACUUCGUACUACUGAUAGUUUUGAGGAAUGGAAUCGUUUACAACUUUACACGAUUUUGAACUCACUUGUUGACAAGAUUGAGAUUGAUUUUGAUCUUGUUCUUCAGCGUAUAUCAACCGAGCCAAGUCCAUUAGUGAGAAUGUAUAUUGAAUGGAUUCUUGCGUACAAUUUGCUUCAUAAUGAAGAAUGGACGAAGAGAAUUUUUGAUGAGUUGACAACCAACAUGAGUAAUUUGAAACCAGCAGUUGCAACAUCUUAUUUACGAAUUUUGUUUCUCAUGAUUUGCAAAUUUGAUUCAACUAAAGAAGGUGAAGUCUUGACGAAAUUUAUCAACAUUGUUGUCCCAGGAGCAACUUCACUGAAGAAAUUGAUUCGUCAUUUUUCACUAUCUUUAGUCCUUUCCAUUCAAAAUGAAAUCUCCAAGAAAGAUUUACCAAUAGAUGCUAACGUCAAGAGCAUAAUUGCCAAUUUGCACCACUCAGCCACAACUUCAGACUCAUUUGGUCAAUUCAGGAGUGGUGAUGCAUUGCUUUGGGAUAUUGUCAAUGACUUGACUUUGGUGGCAUUGGCUGGAGGAAUUGUACUACGUUUAACCGACCGAGAUGAUAUUGAUUUCAUAACUGAAGCACAAUUUAAGGAGAAUUUAUCACAAUCACAAAUUGCUCAUUUGAGGCAUCCAGUUGGCCAUGACGAGAAGGAUAUUUGGACUGCACAACAACUCAUGAAAAAGAAACCAAUAAUUUCCCCUAUCGAGUCCGUAACUCAAUCACAGCCCUUACAAACAAAAAGUGGUGCAUGGAAUGCAAUAAUGGAUGUGGAUAACAACACCAGUGUUAGCAAGGAGCUCAUGCGGAGUGAUCUAAUUGUGGUUGCAUCGCUUGUCGAUAAACCUCCAAAUUUGGGUGGUAUUUGCCGAUUAAGUGAUGUAUUGGGAGCUGGAUUAUUAACAAUUCAUGACAUGUCAAUAAGCAAGCAUCCACAAUUCAAAAACGUUGCAGUUACUGCUGAUCAAUGGAUGCCAAUGAUUGAAGUUAUACCAGAAAAUAUUAGAGACUAUUUAUUAGAGAAAAAGAAGGAAGGGUAUACUUUGAUUGGGCUCGAACAAACUGAUCAGUCAGUGGAGUUAAACAAUGAUUUGAAGUUUCCUCAAAAGUCAUUGAUCUUGUUAGGUAGAGAAAGAGAAGGUAUACCAGGGGAUUUAUUAGCCGAACUUGAUUUUUGUGUGGAGAUCAAACAAGUUGGUAUUGUUAGAUCAAUGAAUAUUCAAACAGCAACAGCAAUAAUUGUUCAUGCGUAUUCCUCGCAACACUGUUAA